AUGGCACAUGCGGUCCAGGCCGCCUUAUCCCUUCACCCGGAUUGGGUGGUUCUUGAGCUCGAUGUCGCAAAUGCCUUCAACUCCUUUAACCGCAACUUCAUGUUCGACGCCCUCCGCCAGUCCCCCUUCUCCUCCCUUAUCCCCUUCUUCCGCCUCUUCUACGCUGCUCCUUCUCCUCUCCACUACCGCAACGGCCCCAUCCUUGAGACCCUCCAAUCAGCUUCCAGUGUGCGGCAGGGGGACCCUUGUGGACCUUUCCUCUAUGCCCUUACCCAGCAGCUCACCAUCCACCCUACACAGCAACUCCACCCCUCGACUUUUAUCACUUCAUAUGCCGACGACACCUACAUAGUUGGCCCAGCCCCGGACGUUUUUGCCGCUUACAAUACCCUCACUUCCCGCCUGCAGCCUCUUGGCCUCACCGUCCAGCCUUCGAAGUGCUCGCUUUAUGGCCCUUCUGACAUUCCUCCAGACGCUAUGCCUCCACCAAACCUUAGCAUCGCUCCUAAUGGCCUCACUGUGGCCGGAGUACCUAUUGGAUCUGACUCAUACAUCAUCUCCUCAGUCGGCCACAAACUCCGCUCUUUUGCUGCGUCUCUUCCUCUUCUCCACGACCUGCACGACCCUCAGAUAGCAUCUCGCCUUCUAACCCUCUGUGUCUCAGCACGCCCCUCCUUCCUCCUCCGCACGGUCCCUCCUUUCCCUGAAAUUACAGAGUUGUACACAGACUGGGAUAACGACUUACUCAACCACUUCACCCGCCUCGUUGGCUCUGAAUUUUGGCCACCUGACUUAGACCAUCUUCCUACCGCACACCACCAGCCAUUCCUUCCCAUCCGCUUAGGUGGCUUUGGCCUCCGCUCUUCCGCUGGGUUUGCUGAUCUCAGUUUCCUCUGCAGCUGGGCCCAAUCUGUCCCUCUCCUGUCCUCCCACUUCUUCGUCGGCGGUGCUCCCAUCUUUCGCCCCUUCAUUUCCAGUGACACCAUUGACCGUCUCGACCCUUGCAUUGUUUCAGCCAUGUCACGCCUUCCCCCAGACAUUCUUCACCUUUUCCCCUCCUGGCCUGCCCUCAUUUCGGGAUAUCCCCACAAACUUUACUCCUACCUUUCCCAACUCAAGGAAGCUGCCAUGCUCGAACGGGUGCGCUCCACAGUGACUUCUCCCCUUCAUCUGGCCCGUUUAACCUCCUUGCAAGGGCCCCAUGCAGGGGAUUGGCUUUCUGUGGCCCCAUCCACUCAGCAUCUCCAGCUUUCCCCGACAGAAUGGAAAAUUGCAGCUGCAAUCCGCCUCGGCCUUCCCAUCGCACACCUCACCACCUCCCGUGCUUGCGUAUGCGGUUUCUCUUACACAGACCCAUCCAUUGUCUCCCACGUCCUUCGCUGCCCUACCGGAAACGAGCCCACUAGGGUCCAUGACGCCGUCAAACAUGAGGUUCAACAGAUUUUCAAGGAGCUGUGUCUUCCUUCCCAGCUAGAGGACAAUCACCUCCUUCCUGGUCGCCGUCCCGACAUCAGCUGCAGAGACAUGAGUUCAGGAGUGGCUUGGGCCUUGGAUGUCACAGUGGCAGAUCCACAGCACGGUUUCCCUCACUCCAACGCUGCUACUGUCAUUGGUUCUGCUGCUGCUGCUCGUGAGGCGGAGAAACGCUCUCUCUACGCUACAUCACUUCGCGAUCUCCCCCACGUCAUAUUCUUUCCUCUUGCAAUUGAAACAUUCGGCUGCUUCGGCAAGUCAUUCCUGCACUUUCUCCAAGAUUGCAGCCGUCGUGGUGCAGCCCGCAUUCGUGACUACAGUGGCACGACGGACCUGGUGCCUCACCUCCUAGAAACCAACUACUUCAAGCGCCUUUCCUUCGUCCUUCAGCGUGAGCAGGCUCGGUCCGUAUCAUCCGCAUCGGCCGGACAUGGGUUGCCGGCUAGUUCCGUGCGAGCCGAGUCAGGAGCAUCAUCCACCACCGCAUCUGCAGCAGCAGGCUUUUCAACCGAUUUUGGGGGACGAGGAUCAGGGGUUUCAGCCGCAACACCAGCGCAAUCUGCUCCUGCAGGCUCGGGAGCGCACGGUCCUUCCGGAGGUGCCACCAGCGGGGAUCGCGCAGCGCGGAUUGCGGGCGAGGAGCUAGCGGAGGAGUGCGACGAGGCGGUGGAGGACCUCGGUGAGGUGCGAGCGCGCGUGAGAGCGACGAGAGAAGCCGUCAGCAAGGGCCGCGGGGUCGUCCGCGCGUCGCUGCUCCUCGUGCUCGCCGUGCUGUCGCGCACGUGGCAGCUGCUUCUGGCCGUGCCACGUGGCAUCUCGUCCGUCGCUCGCAUGUCAGCAGCGGAUUGGUCCGGCACGUUCAAGGGGUGGUGGAAGGCAAUCAAGCACGGCGCGCACCAUUACUGGGUGGGGUCCAAGCUCCUGUGGGCCGAUGUCAGGAUCAGCUCACGUCUCAUGCUGAAAGCGGCGAACGGGAAAGCGCUGACGAGGAGAGAGAGGCAGCAGCUGACCCGCACGUCGGCUGAUAUCUUCAGGCUCGUGCCGUUCGCCGUGUUUGUGAUCGUGCCGUUCCUGGAGUUCCUGCUUCCGCUGGCGCUACGGCUCUUCCCCAACAUGCUGCCCUCGACUUUCCAAGACAAGAACAAGGAAGAGGAGAAGCUGAAGCGGCGGCUACAGGCGCGGCUGGAGAUGGCGCGGUUCCUGCAGGGCACGGUGGGCGAGAUGGCCAAGGAGGUCAAGAGCCGCCGGUCGGGCGAGGUCAAGCGCACCGCUGAGGAGCUGCAGAAGUUCAUGAAGAAGGUGAACACAGGAGGGCGCGUGACAAACGAGGAGAUUGUGGCGUUUGCGUCGCUCUUUAAUGAUGAGCUCACGCUCGAUAACAUGUCCAGGCCUCGUCUGGUGAGCAUGUGCAAGUACAUGGGCCUGCAGACUUUCGGCACAGAUGCCUAUCUGCGCUACAUCCUGCGCGCCAAGCUCGCCUGGAUCAAGGAGGACGACAAGAUGAUACAGAGCGAGGGCGUGGAGUCGCUGUCUGAGGGGGAGCUGAGGGCAGCGUGCAGGGAGAGGGGCAUGCUGGGGCUGCGCUCUGUGGACGACAUGAGGAAGCAGCUGCGGGAUUGGUUGGAUCUGGCUCUCAACCGCUCCGUGCCUUCCUCCCUUCUCAUCCUCUCAAGGGCGUUCCUGGUGGGCAGCAAGCGGCCGGAGGAGGCAGUGCAGGCGACGCUCUCUUCGCUGCCAGCGGAGGUGGUGCGUUCUGUGGGCGCCACUGUGCCCAGUGAUGACGAGGCCGAGACGUCCGCGCGCCUGCGCAAGCUCAAGCUCAUCAAGGAGCAGGAGCGGCUCAUUGAGGAGGAGGCACAGGAGGCAGCACGGCUGCAGCUAGCAGGAGGGCGGGACCUCGCCAGAGAGGAGAUGCGCGAGGCUCUUCCCACCCCAGCAGCCACCACCACCACCACCACUGCCACCCCUGCUGGCGCUGCUGCUGCUGCAGCGCCUGCUGCUGGUGUGGUGGGAGCGGGAGCAGGGGGAGCGGCAGUGGAGGGGGUUGCGGUGGAGGGCGAGGAGGCGCGCGCGCUGGCAGAGCGCAAGGCCCUGGCGAAGAAGGACCAGCUCUGCGACCUCAGUGCUGCUCUCGCUGUGCUCGCCUCCAGCUCGUCGGUGGCAAAGGAGCGAGCUGACUUCCUGCGCCUCGUGAACAAGGAGAUUGAGCUGUACAACAGCAUGGUGCAGCAGCACGGCACAGAGGGCGCGGAGGAGCUGCGGGUGGCGUAUGCGGCAGCAAGGGAGGCGAGUGAGAAGGAGGCAAGCGAGGCCGCUGCUUCUGACGUGUCUGACGCACUCAUUUCCAAGGUGGACUCAAUGCUGCACAAGCUAGAGAAGGAACUGGACAGUGCAGACGCCAAAAUAGGCAAGCGACUCAAGACACUUGACACUUCAUCUGGCGGAUCAGUGGUGAAAACGAGCCUGCUGCCAACACAAGAUUCACAGCCGGAAGCAGAAGGGCCGCAUGGCAGCAACAUGAUGGCAACGAACGCACUGCCUGCACACCAUCAGCCUCAUAACACCCCAAUGAGAAAGAACUUGAUUCUAUCAUGCUUAUCUCAGCAGCAGCAGCAGCAGCAGCAGCAGCAGUGGUGGUCGUGGCAGUCACAGGAAGGCAGGUCGUUGCACGUAGCUGUACCUGGGCACAGGCUAGGGAAUGCGUGUGUGGGGCAGAUCAGGAACAGCGCACAACGCUUAACAUGCACCUGUGUGCGCCUGUUGUGUGCGUGUCAGUUGGCCAUGAGGCUGUGUGACUAUGACGGCAAGGUGAGCCCAGAGGAGGUGGGGGCGGCAGCAGCGCUACUGAGGGACAGCCUGGGGCAGGAGGGGCUGGAGGAGCUCAUCAGCAACCUCGCCAAGGACGCAGAUGGAAAGAUUCUGGUGGAGGAUAUAGUGAAGCUUGGGGCACAUGCGCAGGUGUCCAUGGAUAGAGAUGAUGACACGGACAGUAAAGUGCAGGGGGGCAUCAAGGGCGGCACUGGCAGCAGCAGUGGCACCGGUCCGUCCGCUAGUGGCAAGUAA